GAAUUCUUUAUUUAUAAGUUUACUAACGCUAACUAUGACGACUGUAAAUAUUCGUGGUGUGGACGUUAUGUUUCCUUUUUCCCCCUAUCAGUGUCAAAUGGUAUAUAUGGACAAAGUCAUAGAAGCAAUUGAAAUGAGAUUUGAUACAGCUUUGGAAUCACCAACGGGUACAGGUAAAACCCUUUCUUUGCUAUGUUCGACAUUAGCAUGGCUUCAAAAAGAAAAGUCGAAGAUGCAGGCCUCAUUUGCAAAUGUCGGUGCCCUUGAUGAAGUCAAAUCAGGCUUGACUUCUGUGCCAUCGUCGUUCUUACCAAAAAUUUACUAUUGCUCCAGAACUCAUAGUCAGUUAGCUCAAGUAGUGCGGGAGCUGAAUCGUACCAUGUAUAAAGACAUUCGCACAACAGUGUUAGGAUCGCGUGAUCAACUUUGCAUUCACGAUAGAGUAUGCAAGGAGCAGGAUACAAGGGUAAAGACUGCUAUGUGUCGUGGUAUGGUAUCAAAACGUACAUGUCACUACUACAAUAAUUUUGAUAGCUCGAAUUUGGAGACUCUAAAUGAGCUAUUCACCAUGAAAGGUGGCGUUCCAGACAUCGAAGACAUGAUUAUUGUAGGAAAAAAGAAUCGCAUUUGUCCAUUUUACCGUUGUCGUCAAAUGCAAGAAACGGCUGAACUGGUUCUCCUGCCCUACAAUUACAUAAUCGAUCCACAUCUGAGAAAAAUACACAAGGUUGAUUUGUCUGGAAGCAUCGUCAUUUUUGACGAAGCUCAUAAUUUGGAAAGCGUUUGCGAAGAUGUUGUGUCGGUUGAGUUUUCUUCCCUAAAUAUAGCUAUGGCGAUCGAUGAAUUAAAGAAUGCUAUAGAAUGUCUGCAAGAUGAAAUGGAGGAAUUGAGGACGGAAUUGGACAACUCCUCUCAAGCAUUCACUACGGGAGUGAUGGGUGAGGGGAAACCGAAAGGGCCACCAUUUCAGAUUUCUGAAGCAGCUGUGCUACUGACUAUGUUGUUUGAACUGGAGACUAAGGUUGAGGAGACGUACAACGACAAAGCGGGUCUGAACCUGCAAGACGUGCCUGGAAAGGUAUUUCCUGGUGAUCGUCUCCUUAAAACUUUUGAGGAUGCUGGAAUAUCCUUUGAUAGGGCGGACGCCUACAUCAACUUACUUACUAAUGUUAUCGACUAUUUACAGAAAGAAACGGACUUAAAACCCUCUUGUGCAGAGCGAGGGAAGAACCUAGAAAUGUUAAGAAACUUUAUAUCUGUAGUUUAUAUGAGCCUUUCAAAGGAAGCCGCUUUGUCUAUAACAAAUAAGAAGCUUCCAAAUGGCAGUAAUAUAAAAUCUGCAAAAAUUGAUAUGGACGCAAAACGAGUUGGAAGACAUUUUAAACUCUACAUGGUUAAAGAAGAAGGUACAUCUACUAAACCUGCUCGUACAACCGUCAACUUUUGGUGCUUCACUUCCGCUAUUGCUAUGCGAUCAUUGAAAAUGAAUGGUGUGAGAACUAUCAUCGUUACUAGUGGAACCUUAUCCCCGUUAGUAAACUUCACUAAGAACAUUGGCCUUGAAUUUGGAAGCACUUUGGAAAAUGAACAUGCCGCAAAGGGCGACCAGGUAUUAGCUGCUAUAGUUUGUAGGUCUCCAAUCAAUCAGUUUAUCCUGAACGGUUCGUUUACUAAGAGGCAUGACGACAAAUAUGCUCGAGGAAUAGCGGAGUCAAUCCUUGCACUUGCAUCUACCGUCCCACAAGGAGUUCUGGCGUUCUUCGCAUCUUAUGGUCUCAUGCAUCAUUUGAUAUCGCGAUUCAAAGUUUUGCGCAUCGACGAAGAGUCGUCUAAGACUUACUGGGAAUGUAUGAUGAUGUAUAAGACAAUCGUGGUCGAGCCGAAGCAGAAGGUUGUUAAUUCUUAG